AUGUCCGACAGCGAUCAUCUAUUCGAUGGGUUCGUUGGCUACGUCGCAGAAGUUUCCAUCAACUCGGAAUCGCCGAUUACAAAGUAUUCGUUGUCGAGAAGUUUCAAAGAUCUCUGUAAAUUGAAUAUCAACGACAGAUUCUUUUGUAAUAAAUUCGACCAAAAAGUUGUCGAUCGAAUCCUCAAAUCAAAGUACGACAUCGAACUGAAAGCGAGAAUAUUCUUUGUCACAAGCACCCCAGUCAGAUUAUUGAGUAAGCCACCAAGAAUUGCCGUUCCCCAGCCACAAAUGCCGCCACCACAGUGUAUGACUCCUUGGAUGAGAGGCCCCGCCUAUCAGUUUGUGGUACCUGGAAGCCAAAUGUAUUAUGUGUCACAACCUGGACGUGUCAAUCCAGAAAGUUCUACGCCGGAAGAAGACGAGGGGAGGUCAAAGAGACAGAUUACUGAAAAUAAUGAGCCAGGACCAUCAACGAGUAAUAUCAGAGAUCCUCCUGAGAUGGAGCCGUCACCAAAGAAAAUGAGGAAAUCAGUGGAGCCCAUUUUUGAGGAGAAAAAAGUGGAGGAUCUCAUCAUAAUAGAGCCUCCAAUUGUGAAUCAACCAAUAAUUUCACGGAAUCACGGAUCGUCAUUCAUGGAUACCAGUUCUUUAAUCAAUCACUACUCAAAGUUCCUCCGGGAAAUUUAUUUCUUCCACGGAGAAGUUUCUGGAAGUUUCAAUCGGGAGAUAAAGGAGUUGUAUACGGCGGUGGAGAAUCAGAAUCAUGGAAUGAACAUUACCCCAUCAAAAAUCAAAUCUCAUCUGGAAGUGUGCCUUGAUGAGAUUUGCACCGAUAAAACCACCGAAUCAGAUGACAAAGUAAACCUCAAUACAAUGCUAAAUGAUUUAAACCAGAUGGCCAGACACCUCGGAGAUGAUCUUUCGAUGAAAAUCGUCCCGUUGGUUUCCAUGUAUUUGGAAGAAGCAAAGGAGUCGGAUACUGUGUCGAGAAAAGGGGCAAAAGAGGCUAUCGAGAACAUGAUCAAUAGAUUAAAGAAGUGUGCAAAAUCGUCUUGA